GGAACACAGCUAGUGUCCAAGGCUAAAUUUGAAUUCAGGAAGAUGAGUCCACAAGGGAGGGGAGAAAAACCCAGGAAAGGAAUAUAAAGGCUCUAUUUUUUAAAUUAUUUCCCAUAGGAGGGAAGGUAGAAAGUGGGAGCACAAGAAAGAUUAGAUUGACUGAAGCAGUAAAGGGCCUUUUCUAGCAAAACAAAAUCGCUUUUCUUAUAGCUAGAAAUGAGUAUGGAAGCAAAGCACAUUUUCCCCUCACCCUCAUCUUGACCAAUUCUCUAAGGUUUGUUUUUCUUUUUUUUGCUCAUGCACUCAGCAAGUGAAUUAUAUUCUAUUGACUGCAAAUAUUCUUUGAUUGCAUGAAGGGACAGAGCUAAUGUAAACUAGAAAAGCUACUUAUAAUUCUUAGAAUGGAGGAUGGGGACAGCAAAAGAUGCAUUGAAGAAGCUUGAAGGUAUUGAGCAAUGGGGGUGGGGGAGGGCACAGGGUGGAUGUGGGUAGGCAGGGUUGGAAAAGCUGGAGUGUGGUGGAGAGCCCAGGAGGAUUGGGUGUCAUGAGGCCAUCCCCACUCACCUCUCCUUGAGUCUCUGUUCCUCAUGUUCAGUCUAUCCUUCAGCAUGUCAGACUUUACUUACAACACCUUGAUGGGAAGGGAAGUGGAGGGGGGCAAGCUGUAGUGACAUCAUAGCUUACUCAUUAUGAUGUAACUAGGAGGCACUUGAUUAUUCUUUGUCCAGGGCCUUCCAGGGAUAGGAAGAUUCUGGCCCCAAACCUAGAGUUAGUCAGACUGUACCACCAUCAAGAUGGGGGGGGUGGGUAGAGGGAAGGGAGGCAAGAAGACCUGGGUGUUUCAUCCUUUCAAGGUAGGGAGGAAAGCUAUUUUUCUCUAUUAUUAGUUUACUCUUUGCUAUCCCAUUCUGGAUAGGGCAGAAAGGCUUUUAUGCCUUUUUCACUAUGCUGUUUCUUAUCCUCCCUGUUUUAUGGCUGCCCACGGUUGUAAGGAGAUGGGCUUUGCUCUUCCCCAUGACUAACGGAACAGAAGGAUGUAACCCUCAGGGAAACCUUCCCCUAACUAGCUCAAGACUUGGGGGCUUGUUUUGAGGCACAAUUAAACUGAACUCUCUUCCCCAAAGUGGUUCCUGUGACUGUAGUAGCAGCUGGCAAAGUAUGUAAAGGAGCCAAAAUUUUCCACUAUUGGCUUUUCCACUGCCUGAAAGAUUCUGGAAAACCACUAGGAGUUCCCUCUACUAAAAAGUUCAGCAAGUUUAGAUUACCCCUACGGAACACCUGGCAAACACUGAAUUGCCCUCAGGGCUCCAUAGCUGGGAGGAUGCAAGGCCUCAGCUGGGGGCUCCCAGCCACCAGCGCUGUGUCCUAGGAGCUGCUGCCCAGACUUGCCACCCAGAUGGCGACUCCAGCCUCAGCCCCAGAUACUCGAGCCCUGGUGGCAGAUUUUGUGGGUUACAAGCUAAGGCAGAAAGGCUAUGCCUGUGGGACUGGCCCAGGGGAAGGCCCUACAACUGAGCCCCUGCACCGGGCCAUGCGAGCUGCUGGAGACGAGUUUGAGUCACGCUUCCAACGCACAUUUUCGGAUCUGGCUGCUCAGUUGCAUGUGACUCCUGGCUCAGCUCAGCAGCGCUUUACCCAGGUCUCAGAUGAGCUCUUCCAGGGGGGGCCCAACUGGGGACGUCUUGUGGCGUUCUUCGUCUUUGGGGCAGCGCUCUGUGCAGAGAGCGUCAACAAAGAGAUGGAGCCAUUGGUGGGACAGGUGCAGGACUGGAUGGUGACCUACCUAGAGACGCAGCUGGCAGACUGGAUCCACAGCAGCGGGGGCUGGGCGGAAUUCACGGCUCUGUACGGGGAUGGGGCCCUGGAGGAGGCAAGGCGUCUGCGGGAGGGGAACUGGGCCUCAGUGCGAACAGUGCUAACAGGGGCUGUGGCACUGGGGGCUCUGGUGACUGUGGGGGCCUUCUUUGCCAGCAAGUGAGAACUCAGCCCAGUGUUGGAUCUAGAGUGGCUGUGGGAGGGAGAGAGUAGGAUAGAAUGGAGAGAACCCCUUGGGAGAGGUGGGAUGGAUGAAUGGGGAAGGGACAGGGAUAAAAGGGGAAGGAAUGGGGGAGGUGGGGAGGGGCUUGGGAGGGGGAAUAAGUGAACUCUGUAUGUCAGGCAGGAGUUUGGAAGGUUGAGCCAGGGAAAUGUAGAAGACACAUCUGGAAAGUCAAUGUGUGUAAGACAGGGAGAGUCAUAGCAGGGUUGGGGCCUGGAUUGGGUGGGUUUUAGAGGGCAAUACCCAUAAAUUGAGCAGUGUGGAGAAGUCACCCUCUAGGGAAUUUGGGAUUUGCAACCCUAGGGGGUGGUGGACUUAUCCAGCGAGUGCAGUAAAACUAUAUGAGAGGUUAAGUCUUCAUUGGAUAGGUAAGAUUUGGGGAGAAAGUUGUAGGCUCUUUGGAAUGGCUGUGGGUACCCUGGGGUUCUCAGUUUGCAGUGAGAAGUGGGUGUUACAAGUGGGGUGCUUGGAUGUGUGUGUAUGUGCACUUGUAAGCUUUGUGUACCUGGUGUGGUGAUGGAAUUCUUCCUCAAGGAAAAAUAACUUUCCCUAGCAAUGAACAGGAGUUAGAUCUCCCUUUGGUUGCCCCAGUGCUGGGGGUAGGGGGUAGGGACACUAUAGAUUGAGAAUUUUGAGGCUGUUCUGCAGAGAGUCGCAAGCAGGGUUGGGGGGAAAAGGGCAGUGUGUGCCAGUUGAGAUGGCUCAGUUUUGUAGUUGUCCUUGUUUCCCUCAUUAGCCUCUUCCCCAUGCCUUUAGCACUUGCUGCUGCCCCUUCGAGGGCUCUGGACAAAGCAGAGCUAAGGAGCUUUGGGAAGGAAGGACACUUUACCUGUCCCCCUUUUCCCACUGGGGCACAGUGGUGCCUGGAAAGGUUCCCUAUCUCUGGAACCUCUCUACCCAAAUUUAAACACUAAAUUGGGGUUGAAAUUUCCCUUUUUGAAAGUGUGAACACAAAUGCUGAUCUAGAACAUAGCUCUGUGUACUAAACACUAAGACUCUUUAUGCCUUGAGAGGGACAUUCCCAGCUCUGAACUCAGGGGUGGGGGUAGGGUAUACUCUAGAAGCCAACCCAUUCCAUGUGGUGGGCAUUGCUGCUGCUAGAUCAAAGGCCAGGUAUAUGAGUUCUAGAGUGCAUAACAUGAUCUAGAAACAUUUAUGUAUGCUUUGAAGCCAGGCUGGUUGCAUGGGUGUUAACUGUCUGCAUCUCUUAGUGUGAGAAUGCUAGAUUACUGUAACCCACAAAUGGAUCCAGAAAUAACUCUUUCUUUGAAGGAAGGAGCUCUUCCCUUCCUCUGGAUGCAUGGCCCUGAGCCAGACCUUGCUGCUGCACUUUCCAAGGUGCUAAAAUUGCUGCUCUUAAAUGCUGACUCCAGACAUGCUGUGCUCUAGAACCCUGCCUGUGAUCCAGAGCACUGACUUGCUCAUCUAGAACACAGUUGGCUCUUCUGGGUAGAGACUUUUACUUGGUCCCAGAAUGUGGCAACUUAGUUGCGCUGCUCUAGAAUGUGGGACCAAUCUUGGCCUCAGGUGUUUAAUCCAAACUUUUGCUUUUGAAAGCUGUGUUCCUUAGAGGAAUUUGUAAGGGGUGAGGGGGUGACAGACAUUC